UAUAUGCAUCGCCAGCGUCAUCUGCUAUACGUGUGUGUGUAUAUAUACGUGUAACUAUCGUGACAUUUCUCCGUUAAGAGUUUAUGUUGUCGUUAUAGAAAAACAAAAUUCCAUAAAAAAGAUAAAUUGUUAAGAGAAUCAACAAACUGCGAAUAUGUUUCAGUUCGGAUUCAACAUGUUCCCGGAGAUUCCGCGGCCCUUCAACACACAGUACAAAUGCUUCUCGGUGUCAAUGUUACCGGGAACCUAUCGUCAGGAUGUCGAACGCGGUGGCAAGAUAAUCAUGCCACCAUCCGCUCUAGAACAGCUCACCAGACUCAACAUUAUUUACCCUAUGUUGUUCAAACUAACUAAUAAAAAAACAAACAGAAUUACUCACUGUGGUGUAUUGGAAUUUAUUGCUGAUGAAGGCAAAGUCUACUUACCUUAUUGGAUGAUGCAUAAUCUCUUGCUAGAAGAAGGUGAAUUGCUUAAUGUAGAGAGUGUAUCACUACCAGUUGCAACAUUUUCACGUUUCCAGCCACAGUCAGAAGACUUCCUGGAUAUCACAAAUCCAAAGGCUGUAUUAGAGAAUGGUUUGCGUAGUUUUGCUUGUCUAACUACAGGUGACGUGAUUGCAAUCAAAUAUAAUCAGAAGAUUUAUGAAAUGUGCGUACUGGAAACCAGACCUGGUACUGCAGUCAGUAUCAUCGAGUGCGACAUGAACGUGGAGUUUGCACCACCAGUAGGCUAUAAAGAACCAGUAAGAGAGAUGAAAAAGGAAGAGGAUGAAAUAGAACAUCUGGCCGAUUUGAUGCCAGCGCCAAGUGGCUUUGUACCUUUCCAAGGCGAAGGUGUUCGGUUGGAUGGUAAAAAACGCAAAGAUACACCGAAGCAGGAAACUGUAGCCGCCAAGUCGACCUAUGUUCGGGGAAUACCCGAUUAUGAUUAUCAGAUAGGCACGCUUAGAUUUCUACGAAAUAUGAAACCAGCGAAUAAUAAAGAGACGAAAGAUCCAGAUGAGUUCAAGGCAUUCACUGGCGAAGGAUUUACUCUUCUGAGAAGAUCCAGAAAAUGAUAAAAUAACGAGUAAUUUAUUCUAUUAUUUUUAAUUUAUAGAUAAAUAUCUACGAGAAUGUUUGCGCGGAAUGAAUGUUGUAUUGUGGAAUGAUUCUUUUUGUUUUAUAAAGAUAUAAGUAAAUGAUAGAGUCAAUCUCUUGAUUCAAUUAUUGAUGUUAUCUAAACAUCUUACUAACUUAAUAAGAUACAUGCGUCCUUAUUUUUCUAUCGCAUAUUUCUUGUGAACAGAAAAAAAUGUUGUAUCUUUCACGUCAUGUCUUUCAAUACAAAUAAAAGAAUUAAAGAAUUAACAACA